AUGGCUGUGUACUGCUAUGCGCUCAAUAGCCUGGUGAUCAUGAAUAGCGUCAACGAGGUGAAGAGCGCCGACAGCCCCGGCCCCAGCGGCAGCCAGACGCCCGGGGCCCGGGGCAGGGCUGUGCUGAGCCCUGGCAGCGUUUUCAGCCCUGGCAGAGGCACCUCUUUCCUCUUUCCCCCGGUGGAGUCGUUGUCGCCCGAAGAGCCUGGGAGCCCCAGGAGUUGGCGGUGUGGCCGGCACCGACAGAGCAGCGGCAGCGGCAGCGGCAGCGGCAGUGGAGGCAGCAGCAGCAGCAGCGUAGGCAGCCCGAGCUGGGCGGGUCGGCUGAGAGGGGACGGGCAGCAGGUGGUGGCCUCUGGUACCCUCAGCCCCACUGAGCCGGAGGAGGCCAAGAGGAAGCUGCGGAUCCUGCAGCGCGAGUUGCAGAACGUGCAGGUGAACCAGAAGGUAGGCAUGUUCGAGGCGCACAUCCAGGCGCAGAGCUCCUCUGUGCAGGCGCCCCGCAGCCCGCGAUUGGGUAGGGCUCGUUCACCCUCGUGUCCCUUACGCAGCAGCAGCCAGCCCCCUGCACGGGUCCUUGCCCCGUGCUCCAGAGGCGAGGAACGGAGGACCAAAUCAUGGGGGGAACAGUAUUCAGAAACUUCUGAGACCAACUCGCGGAGGACAGGAGGGGACCUCAGCCUGUGCCCCACCAAGGACCGAGAAGGAGUGGCAUCCUUGUCCAGCCUGACUUCUCCGAAAGUACCAGGGGUGCAGGCUCCUGCUGCUUCUGUGACUAUGGAGAAAAGAGGCCCAUCCAGUCCCCCCUGUUGCUCACCCAUCUCUGUGGAAAUUGACAAGAGGGUCUCCUUGUGGGAAACUCCCAGCUGCCAGGCUCUUUCACAGGGGCUGAACAAAGUGAGCUUUGUGGUGGCUACGGAACUGACACCAGGAACCCCACUCACUGGGCCACACGAUGUGCAUGAUCCUGCUCUCCCCGAGAUUGGGAAGCCCCUUUUGGAGCAACAUCAUCAGAUUGUGGGCAGUGAGAUAAAGCUGGACUUGGCAAGGGGUGGAUCCGGCGGUGGGGACCCCAGUGAGAAGAUGGGGAAGGUAGCCUGUGACAUGUCAAGCUCUUGGGCUCUUGAAGUCCAAGAAAGGCCAGCGAUGACUGUGAACACGCAAAGCUCAGAGGGCCAGAGCUGGCUGGGGCUGCCUGCAGAACUGAGCUCUGAGGAGACCAGUAGUGGGGUCCUGGUGGUCCAGGCUUUGCAGAGCUCUCACAAAGGGGAGGAAAGGUGUCUCACACUAGAGAGUAGCCACUCUACACAGCUGGGUACCAGGGGAAUUGAGGAGGGAAUUCCCUCUGGCCGAAUCCCUUUGCCCUGUUGGGAGACAGCAAAAGAUCUGAAAGAACCUGGCCUUCCUCAUAACCAGCUGGAGAUGCAGCUUGCCACCCCCAGAGCCUGGCUGGGUCCUAUGGAAGAAGCGGGGCUGGCCUGGACGCAUGACCUAAGGAUACAGUUGGAGGGCACCUGGGAGUCCCAGCAACAGGAAAGAGAACAUGGAAGCUCAGAGCAGCUGCCUCCAGAUCAGGAAGACAAACCUUCCCAGAUGGAAGUCUGCAGCCCUGGUGCUAUACCUGCAGUCAUCAUAACAGACCUGGGCACCCAGGAAGACGGGGGCUUGGAGGAGACUCAGGGAAGCCCCCGGGCCAGCCUGCCACUGAGGAAACUGUCCUCUUCCUCUGCGUCCUCCACGGGUUUCUCAUCCUAUGAGGACUCAGAGGAGGACAUAUCUAGUGACCCCGAGCGCUCCCUGGACCCCAACUCGGCCUUCCUGCACACCCUGGACCAGCAGAAGCCCAGAGUGAGCAAAUCAUGGCGGAAGAUCAAAAACAUGGUGCACUGGUCUCCCUUCGUCAUGUCCUUCAAGAAGAAGUACCCCUGGAUCCAGCUGGCGGGACACGCAGGGAGCUUCAAAGCCGCAGCCAAUGGCCGGAUCCUGAAGAAGCACUGCGAGUCAGAACAGCGUUGCCUGGACCGGCUGAUGACCGACGUGCUGAAACCCUUCGUGCCAGCCUACCAUGGUGACGUGGUCAAGGAUGGGGAGCGCUACAACCAGAUGGAUGACCUGCUGGCUGACUUCGACUCACCCUGCGUGAUGGACUGUAAGAUGGGCAUCAGGACCUACCUGGAGGAGGAGCUGACCAAGGCCCGCAAGAAGCCCAGCCUGCGGAAGGACAUGUACCAGAAGAUGAUUGAGGUAGACCCCAAGGCCCCGACCGAGGAGGAGAACGCCCAGCGGGCUGUCACCAAACCACGCUACAUGCAGUGGAGGGAGACCAUCAGCUCCACAGCCACCCUUGGGUUCAGGAUCGAGGGCAUCAAGAAGGAAGAUGGCUCUGUGAACCGGGAUUUCAAGAAGACCAAGACGAGGGAGCAGGUGACCGAGGCCUUCAGAGAGUUCACCCAAGGGAACCGGAACAUCCUGAUUGCCUACCGGGACCGGCUGAAGGACAUCCGGGCCACUCUCGAGGUGUCUCCUUUCUUCAAGUGUCAUGAGGUCAUUGGCAGCUCUCUCCUCUUCAUCCAUGACAAGAAGGAGCAGGCCAAGGUGUGGAUGAUUGACUUCGGGAAGACCACGCCCCUGCCCGAGGGCCAGACCCUGCAGCACGAUGUACCCUGGCAGGAGGGCAACCGUGAGGACGGCUACCUGUCAGGGCUCAACAACCUCAUCGACAUCCUGACGGCCAUGGAGGACGGGGACGCCUGA